AAAACGAGUCACCAAAACUGCUUUGUUCGUUUGAGCUUAUCAGCCAAAUUUACUAGCUAUUUAGCAGUUUUUUUCUGUCACAACAAAUCUUUCUGUCUGCCUUCCGGGCUACACGUUUUAUCUUACCAGUAACUACGGAUGCUGUCACAUCUGAUGGGCUUGUCCAGGAGACUUUUUCGUUCUUUUUCAGACGGCCCCGGGGCCCGGGGGAGGGACGUUGACAAGUUGCGCGUAGCUGAGAAGAUUCCCUGUUUCGAGGGGGCAGAAAUUUCCAUCUCCUUUUCUGCGCUUCAGUCUCACCGCAGAUGAGUCGCCGCCAAGCUUGCUCCGGUUUUGGUUUCCGUUCUUGGCACGGAUGGGAAAUAGAAGCCAAACCUCCUAUCACCUAAUUGAUAAGACCGUCAGGUGCUAGCUCAAGCUCUUACAGUGUAUCAUCAUUCAUGUCCGAUGAAUUGGACUACUCAGAUUCGUUGUCCUUGCACGAGGACAGCAGUACCGAGCACAGUGGCUCUAGGUCGGAGCUUCUGUCGUCCCUCUCAGUUGAUCUGAAGAUGCCCCCAACAGAACAUGUUCAGAGUCCGGCACCUCAUAGAGAUCUGGAAGAUAUGGAUUUUGAUGCCGACUUGCAAGAUAGACUUCAGAAGGCCUUUGAUGAGAUUGUCAAGUUGAAGAAAGAAAACCUUGAAGAGUCUUGCCAGCGCCAACAGGUUGAGAAGGAGCUCCUAGUCGUCCGCAAGAAAGCUAAGAAACUACAGGAUCACCUCUUAAAAGAGCUACAGCACUCGAAAGGAUUUGAGGAAGCUCGUGCUGCAGAUCAGCGCUUGAUACAAAAGCUUAAAAAGGAUAUUGAACUGCUAAAGAUCCAGCGUGAUGAAUAUCUUGAAAAGUUUCAUCAGGCAAGUGACCAGAUCUUGCUUCAACCUUUAGGAGCAGCUAAGGAAGCUCAUGAACAGGAUAAACAUGAGAUAGAAACACUGAGAGAAGGAAUUAGUCAGCUUAAGAUCCACCGAGACGAAUACCUUGCAAAGUUCCAGGAGAAAAAUAAGCCCAAGUUGGCGCCGGUGCAGUAUGUUUCUGAUACUAAUGUUAUAGAAAAUGAUUCGGAAUCAUACAGAACUUCCCUUGACAACCAGUUGUGGCCUUACAGGGACAUUGCAGUCAGAUAUUCUGAAGGACACACUCAGUUUACCUUGGAUCAGCUGAAGCUGGCAACUGAAAAUUUCAGUGAAUUACUAAAAAUUGGAGAAGGUGGGUAUGGACGUGUCUACAAGGGCACUAUCUGUGACACCGCCGUGGCCAUUAAGAUUUUACGUCAUAAUGAGAACCUCCAAGGCUUACUGCAGUUUCAACGCGAGGUUUUGAUUCUGACCAAAGUGAGGCACCCGCAUCUUGUCAAUCUCUUAGGAGCAUGUGAUGAAGUGUCAGCUCUUGUGUAUGAUUAUUUACCAAAUGGAAGCCUUGAAGACCGUCUUUCCUGCAAGGGUAACACCCCAGCGCUGACAUGGCAGGUCCGAACAAGGAUUAUUGGAGAGAUUUGUUCUGCGCUAAUCUUCCUCCACAGUCAUAAGCCCAAGCCUAUUGUCCACGGUGACCUUAAGCCUUCCAACAUCCUCCUUGAUGCUGAUUUAGUGAGCAAGCUUGGAGACUUCGGCAUUGCUCGAUUUCUUGUGCCAUCCGACACCAGCACCAUGGUCCAUCUUACUGACCAUCCAAUUGGGACAAUGUUUUAUUCAGACCCAGAAUACAUGGCCCACGGUGAGUUGACCCAAGGAUCAGACGUCUACUCGUUUGGUAUCAUCAUCCUACGCCUCUUAACAGGGAGACACCCAAGGGAGAUAGUGAAGAGAGUGGAGGAUGCAAUGAUCAAUGACGAACUGCACACCAUCAUCGACAGAUCCGCUGGUGAAUGGCCCUUUGUUCAGGUGCAGCAGCUUGCGCGUAUUGCUAUGAGAUGCGCAGCAGAGAAAAGGAGGCGGCGCGCUGACCUUGUCACUGAUGUGUGGCCAGUGGUUGAGACAAUGAUGAAGAAUGCCUCCUUAUCAGCAUGCCCCUCAACUUCUUCAUCUAUUCAGGAUGAAAGCAGCGUGCCACAUUACUUUUUGUGCCCGAUUCUGCAGAAGGUCAUGAAGAAUCCACACAUAGCAGCGGAUGGAUUCACCUAUGAAGCCGAGGCCAUAGAGGAAUGGCUUGAAGCACAUGACACAUCACCCAUGACCAAUCUGCCACUUCGAAACUGUGUUACAAUUCCAAACUCAGCGCUUCGCUUAGUUAUCCAAGAACAUCUUCAGCGUGGACCAUGACUGAUGCAGAUCCUUCGCUGUGGGAGUUUAUGCCUACAGGCUACAUCUGUAUGAUUCUCAAUUCAUUCCUGCUUGGAUCCUGAAGGGGAUAAAAGAAAACUAGAGUUUUAUUUUAUUUUUCCUUUAAAAAUCUUAGUGUAUACAAAAUUGGUCUUAUGAUUCUUUGUGUAGCAUGUGCAUAACUGGUUGUGACUAUGAAAGAAAGUAAAUAUGUAAUUUGUCAAGUUUUGAUUUCUCAA